ACAACACGUCCGCAACUGUGGUCCACAGAUGUUCCUGAUCAGCCGCAAGGGCGGCACUCUGUUGACCAUUAACAACUUUGUAUACCGCUCCAAUCUAAAGUUUUUCGGCAAAAGCAAUAAUAUCCUGUACUGGGAGUGCGUUCAAAACCGAUCGGUUAAAUGCCGCAGCCGAUUAAAGACCAUCGGAGAUGAUCUCUAUGUGACCAAUGAUGUGCACAAUCAUAUGGGCGACAACAAGCGUAUUGAGGCGGCUAAGGCGGCUGGGAUGCUGAUCCACAAGAAGCUGAGUUCCCUCACAGCCGCUGAUAAAAUCCAGGGUUCCUGGAAAAUAGAUACCGAGGGCAACCCAGACCAUCUGCCCAAGAUUUAACCGCUCCCUAGACAUUCCCAACCCAUCGUCCGAGUUCAGUUAGGGCUAAGCUAAUGUAUUCUACUAUUGUUCUUGAAAGUAUAUCAUUGAUUUAGACUGAGUGUCCCGAGCCUAGUUAGAAUGGGUAAGUAGCCUGUUCAUCUGGGAUCUCAAAAUAUCAUUUUUGUAAUUCUUAAAGUCCCGGGUCAUAUUAUUUAUUCUGUUCUCAUUGCUUAGACGCUUUUGACCACGGCACUGACUUAAACAAUGGCUUGUGUUACGUACAAAAUAUGAACUUUUAAUAAAAUCAGAUGAACAUCUAAACGAAAUGCAAUUAUAUGAUCUCGUCAUAAGAUAGCUGAGAU